AUGGAUUUAACUCCCCGUUGUCAUGGAAUGAGCGAACUCCCAUCUGCCGCUACGGAGCGAAGCCGUGUUCGAGCUCUAGGACAUGUCUCUCUUUCCCCAGAUGCAGCAGAUCCUCUGACUGUUCAUCUAUCGCAUGGAUUGGCCUACACGGUGGGAUCCGCGCUCGGCAGUAUCCCUCCAACAACUGAUGCCUGCCUGGAAGCCUUCGUGGUUCCGAACAAAGUCGGACUGACCGCCGGUGCUCGGGCAUGGUCGAAACACGCUCAUCGAUCGGCUUCGGAAACCGCUCCCCAAUCUGGCGAGGAGGAUCAAAAGAAGCGAGCCAAGGUUGCUGUUCCAGAGGGAUGGUGGGGUAGGCCUUCUGGCCCCGUCAAGACUAUCAACGAACGCGCUCUCAGCUUGUUUCAUAGAGUUAUGGACAAUGCUUCUUGGAGGAAUCUGCAUUGGCUCCCACAUCAGGUCCUAGUUUACGAGGUCCGCAUGCCUGAGGGAUAUGGAAUGCGGUGGUCUCAAGAUCGCGGGGAUCGUCAAUCACAUAACGGCCAGCAUGGCAUAGAGGGAUCGGGUGAGGUUGUGACAGAGAGCCCCUGGGUAUUUCGUGGAUUUGUUGAGCCGAUGAUGGAGGGUGGGCAUGAGAAGGGAUGGCGACAUUGUCCAUGA